AUGAAGCAGCGCUUCUCUUCUCUCGAUGUCCGGGCAAUAAGCCACGAGCUCAACCAAUCCCUCGCCGGCAACCGAAUCUCCAAUGUCUACGACCUCGUCCCGCCAUCCGCGGCGACCUCCGGUUCCUCCUCCAACUCACGCACCAUCCUCCUGCGCUUCUCCCGCAACCAGGACAAGCACCAACUUGUCGUCGACUCGGGGUUCCGUUGUCACUUGACAGCCUACGAUGCUCGCGCUUCGGCCAAUGCGUCGGGAACGGGCAGCGGCGGCGGGGCCAACAAUGCGCCCUCGACGUUUGUCAGCCGUCUGCGCACGUUCUUGAACGGCCGCAUAGUCACGGGCGUUGCUCAGGUCGGCACUGAUCGCAUAAUCGAGAUUAGCUUCAACGACGGCCAGCUGCGCCUCUACUUCGAGUUCUUUUCGGCCGGCAAUGUUGUGCUGACAGAUGCCAACUCCAAGGUGUUGGCGCUGCAGCGUACGGUGGCCGCCUUUCGUAGCGCUAGUCUUGAUGUGACGCUCAGUGUUGGCAGUCCGUAUGCUAUUGGUGCCCGGAAGAAUGUCUCAGAGAUUCCGGAAUUGACGCUGGACCGGCUGCGCGAGGUGCUUCAAAAUGCGGUUUCUGCGGAUGUGCCAAAGGCUGCACCAGCCGAGGGCGAAACUGCUCCUGUAGCGACUCCGCCGGCCAAGAAGAAGAAAAAGACAAAGGGCCUCAGUCGCAUCCUGGCCCUUUCUUUCACAGAUCUCUCCCAGGUGCUGAUCGAUCACAUCUUGCUGCUGUCUGAGUUUGAUAUGAAAAGCGCCGCUCAGCCGGAGGACAUCAUGGCCGAUGAGACACGCCUCCAAGCUUUGCUGAAGGUGCUCCAGGAAGUGCGUACCGUGACCGAGGGCCUGACCCAGGCUGGCGCCAACUGCCGUGGCUACAUCAUUGCUACGAAAAAAGAGGUGCCCCAGGAAGACGCACAGGCAGACGAAGGACACGACGACGCAGCAUCGGAAUCGGCGAGCAGCCACCCCACCCCAGCGUCUCGGCGAAGCGAUCUUGACUAUGUCGACUUCCAUCCCUUCAGCCCCCGCCAGUUUGAGAUUGACCCGAAAUAUGUGGUCCUGCCUUUUGCUACCUUCAACCAGGCGGCCGACGAGUUUUUUUCGCACCUGCAAGGCCUCAAGGCAGAUCGCCAGGUCCACCAGCAGGAAUCGGCUGCCUCCAAGAAGCUCGAGGCUACCAAGCGCGACCAGGCACAGCGCAUCGAAUCGCUGCAGGAGACACAGCAACUCAACGCCCGGAAGGCCGCGGCCAUCGAGGCCAACAAGGAUUGGGUGCAGCUGGCCAUUGAUGCCGUCAACGAACAGCUGCAGCUGGGCAUGGACUGGGGUGACCUCCAAGUCAUGAUUGAAAACAGCGCGGCUAGCAACCCGGUGGCGGCGCUCAUCAAGCUGCCUAUGAACCUGGCCGAGGGCACGAUUACUCUUCGGCUGCACGAAGAGCCCGAAGAGGGCUGGGAGGAAGAGUUCGAGGAGGGUGCCUACGAGCAGGAUGAAGAUGGGGACGAAGGCCACGGGACGAUAGAUGUCGAUGUCAAGCUGGCUCUGUCCGUAUGGAGCAAUGCCCGCGAGUACUACGACCAGAAGCGUGUGGCAGCCGUCAAGGAGCAGAAGACCAAGGAGGUCACUUCGUUGGCGCUGCGCAAUGCCGAGAAAAAAGUGGUCGAGGAGCUGAAGCGCGUCCAAAAGACGGGCAAGCCAACACCGCAACUUAUCCGCCGGCAACUCUGGUUCGAAAAGUUUUGGUGGUUCAUCUCGUCCGACGGCCACUUGAUUCUCGCUGCCCGCGAGUCGCAGCAAUGCGAGAUGCUGUACCGUCAGUACCUCCGCCGGGGCGAUGUUUACGUGCAUGCCGAUCUCAAGGGAUCGCCGGGCAUGAUUAUCAUCAAGAACCGCCCCGACACCGAUGUUGACGCGCCAAUCCCACCGGCGACGCUGGCACAAGCCGGAACGCUGGCCGUGUGCGCCUCUGAGGCGUGGGACACCAAGGCCGGCAUGGGUGCGUACUGGGUGCACUCAAACCAGGUCUUCAAGUCGACCGCCAACGGCGACAUCCUCCCGCCCGGCUCCUUCGACGUCCGCGGAGAGAAGAACCAUAUGCCACCGCCGCAGCGUGUGCUCGGGUUCGGUCUGUAUUUCAAAAUUAGCGAUGCCAGCCGAGUCAACCACGGAAAGCACCAGUUCGUAUCGCCACCGACCAACGUCGACGAACAUGGGCCGACCAAAGCCGAGGAAGAUGAAGAGGCAGAGGAGGAGGAAGAGGAGAUAGCAGAGGUUGGCCACAGCGAUGCCGAUGAAAAGCUCGACGAUGCAGGGAAGCAGACACAAGAGCCGGCGGACACGACAGAGGAAGAACCCACACUUGAGCCAGCAGGAAUAGCCGAAGCGGCCGCAGUUGAGGGCAAGGAAGCAGAAGGCGACGGCGGUGGAGAGGCCGAACGUGUGGCAGAAAGUGUGGCAGACGAGAAGGAGGAGCCAGAGGACGAUGCCGACUCGGCCGCUCCAGCGGCGGGAUGGAUCGGAAAGGCACAUUCGCAUCUCCGCGCCAGCUCACCAACGCCGUCCCGGGGCUCGAGCGUCAACACCAGCUCUGGCGGCAGCUCCAAGCGGGGCCAAAAGGGCAAAGCCAAGAAGCUGGCGAAAUACAAAGACCAGGAUGACGAGGACCGGGCCCGCGCCGAGAAGCUUAUCGGCAUUUCCGCCGGCCGCGAGAAGCAGGAGGCCAAGCUGCGUGCCAAGGCCCAGCGCGAGGCCGAGAUUGCGGCCUACGAAGAGCGCCGUCGCAUCCAAAAGGAGAAGCAGCUGCAGAAAAUGCGUGAUUACGAAGCGGCGCGGCAGGCCAAGAUGAAGGCUGGCGGCGACAAUGGCAAUGGCGGCGGCGCACUCGGCAACACGGACGACGCUGAUGACGCCGGCAGCCUGGACGUGCUCAGCUCUCUUGUUGCGCGGCCUGCCCCCGGCGACGAGGUCCUCGAGGUGGUUCCCGUUUGCGGGCCCUGGAUGGCACUGUCCAAGCUCAAGUACAAAGUCAAGAUGCAGCCGGGCCCGACGAAGAAGGGCCGUGCCAUGCGGGACGUGCUGGAGCGGUGGCGGCGCGUCGGUGAGGCCGGCAAGGCCAACCCCAAUGUCAUCGACGAGGAGAGCCGCGACCCGGAGCGCAUGUGGCCGCGGGAGGUGGAGCUGAUCUCGGGUAUCAAGAUGGAGGAGGCGUCCAACAGCGUGCCGGUGGGCAAGCUGACUCUGAUGCAGGGCGGCGGCGGUAGCGGAGGGGGAGGAAAGGGCGGCAAGGGUGUCAAGGGCGGCGCGGGCAAAGGCGGCAAAGGCAAGGGUGUUGGGAAGAGCGGUGCAGGAGGCGGCAAAGGUGGGAAGGGCGGAGGUGGGAAGAGAUGA